GUGUUUACAAAAUAGAUAAAUUACCAUCAUGUUCUCAAUAAAAUGCAAAUAAAAGCUAUAUUUCCCAAAAAGAAAAACUUUACUAACGAAGAAAGCUUUUUAAUUACAUUCCACAUAAACAAGUAUGGUGAAAGUGCGUAAAACUCCUGCCAAAAAUACGAAACCAAAGAAAACAAAUAUGGAAACAAUUGAACGUAGAUUAAGUAAUCAAAAUACGGGUAUGAUACAAAAUAGUUUACGGCGAACAAGGUCGUUUCGAGUAUCACUCAAACAUAUUGGUAACAAAUGGUUAACAACAAAAAUUCCCGGUGAAAAUAAAAAAUUAAUGGACAAAAGUUUAUCCACAUCAGAUAUACGUAUCGAUGAGGAAAAUUUAAUAAAAAAUAAAACCAAACCAUUUCUAAGUCCACAAAAAGAUUAUUAUUACUCAACGUUAAAUAAAAAAGCGUCAUCCGAUUUUGUAAGAGCAAAUAAUCGUCAUACAGUACCUGAUUCAACUACCACUCACAAAAGUAAACACAACUUUAAAUUAGACUUUUUAACAAUGAAAUCACAAAAAAAUGUAAUUAGUGAACCACCAUUAGUUGUACCACGAAAAGCUGCCGCGAUUCUACAAAUACCAGUUGUAACGGAAUCAGUGACGGAAAAUAAAGAAAAUUGUGAUUUAAAAAUGACCAAAAUCGAACAGAAUAAUAAUAAUAAUAAUAAUCGUUUAUCACAAUACAUUUCAUCAACAGAUAAUUUAUCGUGCAAUAUUAAGGAUAAACCGUUUAGUCGGUAUGAUGGAUUUAUACGGAGUUCAAUGCGGAUUAGUUCGAAAGCACGACCGAAAAGUAUUAUGUGGAAUUCAUCGUUUUCAUCUACAAGUCAAUUGCCCACAAUCAGCAGCUCUGAAUUAUUAGUUGAUGGUAUGGAUUAUUUAACAACAAAUACAGCACAACCUAUAUGUACGAUACCUGCAUCAGUGUAUCCAACAGCAUUUACUGGUUCAAAACAUACUAAAAAACAAGCGAAACAAAUGCAACAACGUCUUGAAAAAAUUGCUAAAAUAAAUAUACAUUUAAGGGCAUUAUUCGCAGCUGUUGAACAUGGUCAUUUGGAGAAGGCAAGAACCAUUUUAGAAUCAACAGAUGUCGAUGUAAAUAGUGUUAAUGGCGAUGGAUUAUCACCAUUAGACGUUGCGGUGCUUAGUAAUAAUCGAUCCCUUACCAAGAUGCUAGUCAGCUUUGGUGCUCGUGAAGGAAACCAAUUUUCAAAUUCAGAGACAUUAAACAACCAUUUAAAUGGAUUAUUAUCAGAAGCCGAAUUACGUUUACAAGAAUUAGGUGUAAAUGCAAAUGAUAUUCCAGCAGGACCACGUGCAUCUUUCUCAAGUAUUAUGAGUAGUGCAUAUCCCUCAUCGGCAAUGACUGGUUGUACCGGUGGGGGUGAUACAGAUAAACAAGCUAGUCUAUGGGGUCGUCGUGCACGUGGUCUGCAAAGACUUGUCUUAGGUUUAAGUCAAACUCGACCGCCGGAUCCACCACAGUCAGUGACACUAGAUAUUACUGGGACAUCUACGGUAGCAAUUUCAUUUAAAGAACCAUCAAAUCAAGAAAGUUCUCUUACUACUAAAUUCAAAGUGCAAUGGGCAACAAGACCCGAUUUUUCAUUGAUAUGUGGUGAACGAGAAAUAGUCGAUUUACAAAAUUUAACAUGUUAUAUAACCGAUUUAAAUCCAGGUGUACGAUUUUAUUUUCGAGUGGCUUGUGGAAAUUUGAAAGGAUAUGGAACUUAUAAAAUGUCGACUCCAAGCUCAUGUAUACCCUCAAGUUGGCGAGAAGUAGACAGUCGGGGUACGCGUUUCUCAGGACGAUUAAGAAUGCUAGACGAUUUAUUUAGUGAAGUAAAAUUGGCACGACCUCUUAAUACAUGUGAAUUGCCGUCACUUGAUUCAACGGUUGUUCAAAAUCGAAGAAUUCAGAAAAAGAAAACUACCAUUAAACAAUUAUUCACAGCCGCUAGUAAAUUUCAAAAACAUCUUCGAAGGGGUAUAUUCUUAGCAUGUAUUUUGUACCAUGAAGAUAAAGUACUCGUUACAAAUGAAGAUUUUCUACCUGUCAUUGAAAUCGACGAAACAUAUCCCAGUUGCAUAAACACCGAUUACCAUUGGUUAAUGAAAGUAGCAUGCACCUGGGAUGAUGUAAAAUCAUUACGCACAGACAUGGAGAAAAAUACAUCAUCAGCCGUCCAUUUUAGAACAAAAUUACUUACAGCCGCAUAUCAAAUGCAAUCGGCAUUAUGUAUUCAAGAUUUAGGACAAUUAUUUCAUAAACCGUUAAAGGAUUCACAAGGCACUAUUGUUAUAUCAACAAUCAACUAUGUUAAAUCACCAAAAUCAAUAUCAGUGCUGAAUUCAAGAUGGCUUCCAUUAAAUAAAGUGCACAAGAAAUUAAAUGUCCUAAGUGAAGAGCAUAAUGUUGGUGAAAUUCUUAUGGGAUCAAUACAAGAUCAAAUUACGUAUCAUCAAGUAUCAAAUGUGAAAUUAUCGAAAGGCUUAUAUUUAGGUUACUUAAAAAUGCAAAGUUCGGUGGAAUUGAUACAAGUUGUUGUUCCUGCAAAAACGCCUAAUGUUCUACCGCAUUGUAAAAUACGAGAGAAUCCACAUGUUACUGCUGAAGAAUGGCAUUAUUUAAAAAAUUAUCAUAACCACCGAGUAUUACAUAAAACAGCAUCGGAUCCAACUCCUUUCAUCGAAGGAACAUCCAACGAACAACAAAGAACAUUCUUAGAACAAAUUCGAACAGCAAUUAAACGAUUAUUUAAUUAUAUGGAUCUAACUAUGGAACAUGCUCUCACACACCGUUUAUACGAUUACGAAGUUGUUGAGUUAACUAAUGACGUUAGUUUUAUAAUUGUCUGUCCUUCGGCGGAAAUGGCUUGUAGUGUUCCAGGUCAAAAGGAGUUAUUACUUCAACGUGGCGAUUUACUCAGUUUACCAAUCCAAGCAUUCGAAAUGAUACAUUUAAAUACUUAUCAAAAUAAUAUCAUACAAAGAUAUUCUCGACUUAGUUGCGUUCUAGAAUUAGAUAAUAUUUUAGCAAAUCAUUUAUUACGUGAAGCGUUUUCGACCAGUGAAUUAUCCGUUGCAAAAGAACGUCUUUCAAAAUUAUCUGAAUUACAAAUUAAAUUAAAUAAUAUAUGGAAAACAGUUCGAUGGUUAAUGGAUGCAAUCUCAUUUGCUCGUGAACGAGGUUCAAGUAAUGGAAUUUUACUGCGACAAAUUUUAGAUAUUCAAGAUACCGAUACCUGUGAUAGCUCUAAAUUAAAUACGAAUAGUUUAAAACGAACUCUAUUACAAAUACCACCUAGAGAUCCAAAACUAGUGAAAAGUUCAACCAGCCGUGGUUCGUGGCCGGGUCCAGGUGCAAAUACAAGUAGUAAUGGGUGUUUAUUAAACGCUGAAUUUAGUAAAAGUGAACAACAUUUAAGUAUAGCUCCGCAUGAUAAUAGUUUAAAUCUAAGUUCCCACUACUUAAGUGCAAAUAGUGACAACGAAACAAGUCGAAAAAGUAGUCUCGAAAGUUAUAAACAUAGUGAUAAUGGUGAUUAUGAUUUACCGUCUCAUCGGUUACCACCUUCGCGAAGUGAAGAUACACUAUUUACAGCAAGUAAUAAAUCAUUUCAUAAUCGUGGACGAAGUAAAUCGUCAACGAUUAUGACGAGUGUCUCGGCAAGUACAAGUCCUCUAUUACAAAUUAACGCAAAGCCAAUGUACUCGGGAAGUUUAUUAAGUGUUAACACUGCACAUACAACGAAUACAUCAGAUUCGAUGCAUAGUUUAAGUUCUGAUUCAGAAGGGAAUUCAUGUCCGAUUCCGUUAAGUUCGAGUACACCUCGAAAAAUAAAAAAACAUUGUAAUAAACAUGUAAUUCCUUCGAUAAGUAUGUUAAAUGUUAAAGCGAACAUUGAACCUAGAAUUAAAGUUGAUAAUGUUUUAACAAAUAACGUUGAAAGUAAUUUCAUUCCAUCGUAUUCUAACUUAGAAAUAACGUCUUCGAAAAGUUUAACUAAUAUUCGUUCUGAAGUUGAUGGUGAAACAAAAUUAUUUACAAAACCAACAAAUCCAUCAAAAAAUGAAAAAUACUUUAAAGUACCGACCAAAGUUGACAGCGCUACAAGUUCAACAAGCGAUGCUUCCCAACCUGGAAUACUUCAAGUAUUCGCUGCAUAUGAAACGGGUUUAGCAAGCGGAACAAGUUUAAAAUUGUAUGUCACACCGAAAACAACAGCUCGUGAAGUUGUCGAUUUAGUUGUAAAACAAUUAAAUAUGGCGGUCGUUCUAAAAGGAAAAGAUGGUCCAAUUUACAAUGCGGAUAAAUUAAAAAAUUUUUGUCUAGUUGCUGUAAUUGGUGCAAGAGAACGUUGUUUACGUGAUGAUUUUAAACCAUUACAAUUACAAAAUCCAUGGAAAAAAGGACGUUUAUAUGUUCGACAAAAACAAGAUGUUUUAGCGGCAUUAGAACAUUCUAGUAAACAUUCAGCAAUUUUGUGAGGACACGCUAACAUUCCGCGAUAUAAGUUUAUUAUUUAUUUGUAUAGAUUAUCAAUUCUAUUGAUGAUAUUAAAAAAACUAUGA